AUCGAGCGCUGCCUGUACCCGGAUCCGAAUAGAACGAAACCCUUGCACCCUCGACGACAGUAAACAGUACGAGUACUAGUACGGGUACGGGUUCGGGUACGGGUACGGGUACGGGUAAUGUAAUCAAUUAAUCGCAGCGCUAUCUAUUGGACUGAAAUCAGAAGCGGUAAGAGCGGAGGGUAGGGAGGAGAGGGAAGCCCUCGUGCAGCCCCUGUUGUCGCGUCAUCGAGCGAUUGUUUACCCACAAAUGUGCUGUCUAUAAAUUUGAGUGUGCUCGCCAUAGCAUUGGGCAGUUCUUGGUCAACGCUGAAGGCGCUCACACGACACACGACAGAAUAGAAUACAAUGCGCAUUAUAAUGCAUAGACUUGCAUUCGGCUGUCUGCUGGUUCUGGGUAGCCUCCUUGUGGCAGCUUCGGCGAACAGUUCCCCUGUGAUUGGUGUGCUCACGCAGGAGGUCUACACGGAUGGAUUGAUUUCGCGACAUUUCGAGAACAAAACCAGCUACAUAGCCGCCUCGUAUGUCAAGUAUCUGGAGGGUGCUGGUGCCCGAGUGGUGCCCAUUUGGAUUGGACGCAAUCGCAGCUACUACGAAGAUCUCAUGCACAAGAUAAACGGGGUUCUCCUGCCUGGAGGUGCAACGUGGUUCAACCAGAGCAAUGGCUACGCCGACGCGGGGGAACAUCUCAUCCAAUUGGCAGUGCAACUGAAUGACAAUGGCACCUUUAUGCCCGUCUGGGGCACUUGUCUGGGCAUGGAGCUGCUGGUCUACAAGCUGGCCAAUGGCACCGACCAUCGCAUCAGUUGCCGGGCAUCUGGCAUGGCCCUGCCCAUUGUGUUCAAAGAAGAUUACAAGCAGAGUCGUCUGUUCAAUGCCAGCAGGGAGGAUGUUGUGGCUGUGAUGGUCGCGAAUAAUGUCACCUAUCACUACCAUCAGUUCUGCUACACAGAGGCGGACUUUGUGCGGGAUAAGCUGAACCAGUCGUGGCGCGUGGUAUCCCUGAACAACGACCUGGACGGCGUCGAGUUCAUCUCCACCAUGGAGCAUCUGAAGUAUCCCUUCUACGGCGUUCAGUUUCAUCCGGAGAAGCCGCUCUACGAGUUCGUGCGGUCGAGCAUUCCCCACUCGGCCGCGGCGGUGCUGAGUGGGCAGUACCUCGCCGACUUCUUUGUGAACGAGGCCCGCCGGAGCCCCCAGACCUUCGCCAAUGAAACGGAGCAGGCGCGGAUGCUCAUCUACAACUACAAGCCGGAGUAUACCUCGAUACUGGGCUCCUCGUAUGUCCAGCAAUAUCUGUUCAACAACAAGGAAAUGCAACUGGAGGAGGUUGGUUCCGAGGGGGGAGAUGAUGGGGACGACUCGCCCAGCUACUAUCCCGGCAAUGCGUACGGAAAUGGAAAUGGAGCUGCUGCACUCCUCUCCAUCGGCAGUGGCCCCCUCCUCGUUCUUCUGGCAAUGGGACUGUUUUCAAUUGACUUCUGAUUUCCCUUGAAUUCAGCUUGCAGGCCAUGCAGCAGUGCGUUUUAAUUCAGGGAAAUUCGCAAUCCGAAAGACUGUGCUCCUCUGCGCUCUCUCCUCGCAUUCUCCUUCAACGCCAUGCCACACCACUAGCCCGAUUAUUCUGCCCUUGCUUGGAAGUCGCGUCAAGUGGAUUUUUUAAUUACAACACUUGUGCUCACUCGACUACAGAAUGCACUUUGUUAACUGAAA